AUGGCGACGAAAUCGGAGAAAGCUAUUGGUAUCGAUCUGGGCACUACAUACAGUUGUGUCGGAGUUUGGAUGAACGACCGUGUAGAGAUCAUCCCUAACGACCAAGGAAACCGUACGACUCCGUCGUACGUCGCCUUCACUGAUACAGAGCGGUUAAUCGGCGACGCAGCGAAGAAUCAAGUGGCGUUGAAUCCUCGGAACACUGUCUUCGAUGCGAAGCGGUUAAUUGGUCGGAGAUUCUCAGACCCUUCUGUUCAGAGCGAUAUGCGACACUGGCCGUUCAAGGUUAUUCCCGGUCCUGGAGACAAGCCGAUGAUUGUCGUCUCGUACAAGAACGAAGAGAAGCAGUUUUCUCCUGAGGAGAUAUCUUCAAUGGUGCUGAUAAAGAUGAAGGAAGUCGCUGAGUCUUUCCUUGGCCAGACCAUCAAAAACGCCGUCGUUACGGUCCCGGCUUACUUCAACGAUUCACAGAGACAAGCCACGAAGGACGCUGGUUCGAUUUCUGGGCUUAAUGUCUUGCGGAUUAUCAACGAGCCGACUGCUGCAGCUAUAGCCUAUGGUCUAGACAAGAAGGGGACCAAGACCGGUGAGAGGAAUGUCUUGAUUUUCGAUCUCGGUGGUGGAACGUUUGAUGUUUCGCUUUUGACGAUUGAAGAAGGUGUUUUUGAAGUCAAAGCUACUGCCGGAGAUACUCAUCUCGGUGGUGAGGACUUCGACAACAGACUUGUGAACCAUUUCGUUGCGGAGUUUAAGAGGAAACACAAGAAGGAUAUAUCUGGGAAUGCGAGAGCAUUGAGGAGGUUGAGAACAGCUUGUGAGAGAGCAAAGAGAACGCUUUCUUCCACGGCUCAGACGACUAUCGAGAUCGAUUCUUUGCACGAGGGUAUUGAUUUCUACGCGACGAUCUCUCGUGCGAGGUUCGAGGAGAUGAACAUGGAUUUGUUUAGGAAAUGUAUGGAUCCUGUGGAGAAAGUACUUAAAGAUGCGAAGAUUGAUAAGAGCAGUGUGCACGAGGUGGUUCUUGUUGGAGGAUCGACUAGGAUCCCGAAAAUUCAACAACUUUUGCAAGAUUUCUUCAAUGGGAAGGAGGUCUGUAAAAGCAUAAACCCUGAUGAAGCUGUUGCCUAUGGAGCUGCGGUUCAGGCUGCGAUUCUGACUGGUGAAGGAAGUGACAAGGUUCAAGAUCUUCUGCUUCUUGAUGUUGCGCCACUAAGCCUUGGAAUUGAGACAGCUGGUGGGGUGAUGACUGUGUUGAUUCCGAGGAACACGACGGUUCCUUGUAAGAAGGAGCAAGUGUUUUCGACUUAUGCGGAUAAUCAGCCAGGUGUUCUGAUUCAAGUCUAUGAAGGAGAACGUGCAAGGACUAAAGACAAUAACCUUCUUGGGACUUUUGAGCUCAAGGGCAUUCCUCCUGCGCCUCGUGGAGUUCCUCAAAUCAAUGUUUGCUUUGACAUGGAUGCGAACGGGAUCUUGAACGUGUCUGCAGAGGAUAGGACCGCUGGUGUGAAGAACCAGAUCACGAUCACGAACGAUAAAGGAAGGUUGAGUAAAGAGGAGAUAGAGAAGAUGGUGCAAGAGGCUGAGAAGUAUAAGGCAGAGGAUGAGCAAGUUAAGAAGAAAGUGGAGGCUAAGAACUCUUUGGAGAAUUAUGCUUACAAUAUGAGAAACACUAUCAAGGAUGAGAAACUCGCGCAGAAGCUGGAUCAAGACGACAAGCAGAAGAUUGAGAAGGCGAUUGAUGAGACAAUCGAAUGGAUUGAAGGGAACCAGCUGGCGGAAGUUGAUGAGUUUGAGUACAAGUUAAAAGAGUUGGAAGGUAUUUGCAACCCAAUCAUCUCAAAGAUGUAUCAGGCUGGUGGUGCUGGUGCAGAACCUAGCGCCGGAGGUAUGCCAACAGACGGUGGCUCAGGCGGUGCUGGAGGUCCGAAGAUUGAAGAAGUGGAUUAG